AUGUCUCCUUCUUCUCCCCUCAAAGUUGCUGUGAUUGGUCCAGCAGGUUUCGGUGGCUCAUACCUCUCUGUUGAACUACUAAAUCGAGGUCACACUGUAAUCGGGAUAUCGCGCAACCCAGCAAAACUUGGAAAGCACGAGCGUUAUAUCGCCCGACCUGUAGAUAUAGACACAGGAUCGAUCGAAGAAAUAGCUGGAAAGUUCAAAGAUGCUGAUGCGCUAGUAUGUGAGUUUGGACCUCAUACAUCAGGAGCAGGGGCAUUGUUAUAUAUGCCCUUCCUAGAAUCCGUCCGCAAAAUCAUCCUCGCCCACAAACUAAACCCAACCUCCUACUUCCUCUUCGUCGGCGGCGCAGGCUCCCUCCACGUCCCGGGCACCUCACUCCCCUGCGUCGACCACCCAGAUUUCUUCCUCGCCUACCGCCGCGCAAUCUCCACAUCCCUCGCUCACAUUGCGUACAUGGAAGAGCGCCUCGGCAUCAUGGGCACGGCGCUGCGUCGGUACCGCAUUGCGCGUCUAGCCUCGCCACCAUCAGAAGAAGAUUUGGCUGUGAUUGCAGAGUACGAGCGCCACAUCCGGAGCAAAGACGAUGCGAGCGACUUCAUUAAAGCGGGGCGUACGGCGUACAUGUUUUUUGAUGGUAGGACAGAUUUCAACUGGAGUUUUGUUUCGCCGCCUGCGUUGUAUCGGCCGGGAAAGCGGAUGGGCAAGUAUGAGGUUCAUGUGGAUGAUAUGGUGCUUUUGGGGGAGCAGCAGGAGGGGAAGGAUAUUUUUGAGGGGCGCUUGACGGGGAUUAGUGUUGGGGAUAUGGCGAUUGCGAUUGCGGAUGAAGUGGAGCAGAGGAAGUUGGUUGGGACGCAUUGGUCGGCUUGGGGGGAUAUUAGUGAAGAUGUACCUGCGCCAGCGUAUGCGUCGUUGGAGGCGGUGGGCUGA